AUGGAUAAUGAUAAAAAGGUUAAAUUUGUAGAAUUAACAAAAAUGUAUACUAGUAAUGAUGUACAUAAUGAAAGUUUUGUAAAAAAAACUCCUAAAAAGAAAAUGUACCAUGGAAGUUCAACAGAGUUAGAUACUUAUACGGAAGAAAAAACUUGUGAAAAAGAUAUUGAACAAAAUAUUACUGAUUCUUAUUCAAGGAAGAAUGUAAGCCAAAAAAGAAAGUCUGAAAUAAAUACCUUAGCAGAUAUUUCAUUAGGAAAUAAUUGUAGCAUGGAAAAUGAGAAUGUUCUAACUAAAAAACCGAAAAAGAAGAAAAAUCAUAAUAAAAGUUUAAAUUUAAUACAUACAAAUACCAAUCAUGAUACUGAAAUAUUUAACAGAAUGUAUGAAGAAGUUAAUGAACAAAAUAUUAAUGAUCCUGAUUACAAGAAAAAUGUAAACCAAAUAAUUAAGUCUGAAUUAAACGCUUCGUCAGAUAUUACAUUGGAAAAAAAAUGUAGCAUGGAUAAUGAUAAUGUUGUAACUAAGAAACCUAAAAAGAAGAAAAAAGAUAAAACAAGUUUAAAUUCAAUAGAAAUAAAUAACUAUAAUGAUGCAGAUCACAGAACAUAUGAAAAAGAUAAUAAACAUAUUAUUAAUGAUCCUGAAUCCGUGGAAAAUAUAACCAAAAUAAAAAUGUCCGAAAUAAAUGCUUUAACAACUAAAAAACUUAAAAAGAAGAAAAAGCACAAUAAAAGUUUAAACACCACUCUUGUAGAAGUUAAUGAACAAAAUACCAUUGAUUCUUAUUCUAGGAAGAAUGUAAGCCGGAAAAGAAAGUCUGAAAUAAAUGCUUUAGCCGAUAUUUCAUUGGGUGAUAGUUGUGGCAUUGAUAAUGAGAAUGUUCCAACUAAAAAACCAAAAAAGAAGAAAAAUCAUGAUGAAAGUUUAAAUUCAAUAGAAUUCAACACCAAUCAUGAUACAAAUAUCCAAAUAAUUGAAAGAACUUAUGAGGUAGUUAAUGAUCAAAAUAUUAAUAAUUUUGAUUUCAGAGAAAAUGUAAACCGAACAAUAAAGUCUGAAUUAAACACAUCAUCAGAAAAUAAAUGUAGCAUGGAUUAUGAUAAUGUUGCAAUUCAAAAACCUAAGAAAAAGAAAAACCAUGAUAAAUGUUUAAACUCAAUACAACUAAAUAACAAUAAUGAUGCAGUUAAUGAUUCCGAUUCCACAAAAAAUAUAAGCCAAAAAAAAAUGUCUGAAAUAAAUGUUACACCAACUAAAACACCUAAAAAGAAGAAAAAUUUAAAUUUAAUAGAAUUCAACACAAACCAUGAUACAGAAAGUCAAAUAUUUGAAAGAACGUAUGAUGAAAUUAAUGAUUCGUAUUACGGAAAAAAUUUAAACCAAAUAACAAAACCUAAAUUAAACACAUCGUCAGAUAUUUUGUCCGAAAAUAAAUUGAUCAUGGAUAGUCAUAAUGUUACAACUAAGAAACCUAAGAAGAAGAAAAAUCAUAAUAAAAGUUUAAACUCAAUAGAACUAAAAAAAAAUAAUGAUGCAAGUUUCAGAACAAAUGACAAAGUUAAUGAACAUAAUAUUAAUGGUUUUGAUUCCGCAGAAAAUAUAAGCUUAAAAAGAAUAUCUGAAUUGGAUACUUUGGAAGGUAUUUCAUUGGAAAAUGAUUUUAGCAAUGAUAAUGAAAAUGUUCCAACUAAAAUUCCUAAGAAGAAGAAAAAUCAUAAUAAAAGUUUAAACUCAAUAGAAUUAAAUACCAAUAAUGAUGCACAGUUCAGAACAUUCAAAAAAAAUAAUGAUCAUAAUAUUAAUGGUUUUGAUUCCACAGAAAAUAUAAGCUUAAAAAGAAUAUCUGAAUUGGAUACUUUGGCAGGUAUUUCAUUGGGAAAUGAUUUUAGCAAUGAUAAUGAAAAUGUUCCAACUAAAAUUCCUAAGAAGAAGAAAAAUCAUAAUAAAAGUUUAAACUCAAUAGAACUAAAAAAAAAUAACGAUGCAAGUUUCAGAGCAAAUGAAAAAGUUAAAGAAUAUAAUAUUAAUGGUUUUGAUUCCGCAGAAAAUAUAAGCUUAAAAAGAAUAUCUGAAUUAGAUACUUUGGCAGAUAUUUCAUUGGGAAAUGAUUUUAGCAAUGAUAAUGAAAAUGUUCCAACUAAAAUUCCUAAGAAGAAGAAAAAUCAUAAUAAAAGUUUAAACUCAAUAGAAUUAAAUACCAAUAAUGAUGCACAGUUCAGAACAUUCGAAAAAAAUAAUGAUCAUAAUAUUAAUGGUUUUGAUUCCACAGAAAAUAUAAGCUUAAAAAGAAUAUCUGAAUUGGAUACUUUGGCAGAUAUUUCAUUGGGAAAUGAUUUUAGCAAUGAUAAUGAAAAUGUUCCAACUAAAAUUCCUAAGAAGAAGAAAAAUCAUAAUAAAAGUUUAAACUCAAUAGAACUAAAAAAAAGUAAUGAUGCAAGUUUCAGAACAAAUGACAAAGUUAAUGAACAUAAUAUUAAUGGUUUUGAUUCCGCAGAAAAUAUAAGCUUAAAAAGAAUAUCUGAAUUGGAUACUUUGGCAGGUAUUUCAUUGGGAAAUGAUUUUAGCAAUGAUAAUGAAAAUGUUCCAACUAAAAUUCCUAAGAAGAAGAAAAAUCAUAAUAAAAGUUUAAACUCAAUAGAAUUAAAUACCAAUAAUGAUGCACAGUUCAGAACAUUCGAAAAAAAUAAUGAUCAUAAUAUUAAUGGUUUUGAUUCCACAGAAAAUAUAAGCUUAAAAAGAAUAUCUGAAUUGGAUACUUUGGCAGGUAUUUCAUUGGGAAAUGAUUUUAGCAAUGAUAAUGAAAAUGUUCCAACUAAAAUUCCUAAGAAGAAGAAAAAUCAUAAUAAAAGUUUAAACUCAAUAGAACUAAAAAAAAAUAACGAUGCAAGUUUCAGAGCAAAUGAAAAAGUUAAAGAACAUAAUAUUAAUGGUUUUGAUUCCGCAGAAAAUAUAAGCUUAAAAAGAAUAUCUGAAUUAGAUACUUUGGCAGAUAUUUCAUUGGGAAAUGAUUUUAGCAAUGAUAAUGAAAAUGUUCCAACUAAAAUUCCUAAGAAGAAGAAAAAUCAUAAUAAAAGUUUAAACUCAAUAGAAUUAAAUACCAAUAAUGAUGCACAGUUCAGAACAUUCGAAAAAAAUAAUGAUCAUAAUAUUAAUGGUUUUGAUUCCACAGAAAAUAUAAGCUUAAAAAGAAUAUCUGAAUUGGAUACUUUGGCAGAUAUUUCAUUGGGAAAUGAUUUUAGCAAUGAUAAUGAAAAUGUUCCAACUAAAAUUCCUAAGAAGAAGAAAAAUCAUAAUAAAAGUUUAAACUCAAUAGAAUUAAAUACCAAUAACGAUGCACAUUUUAAAACAUUUGAAAAAAAUAAUGAACCUAAUCUUAAUGAUUCCGAUUCCUAUUCCACUGAAAAUAUAAGCCUAAAAAGAAUGUCUGAAAUGAAUGCUUUGCCAGAUAUUUCAUUGGGAAAUGAUUUUAAUGAUGAAAAUGUUCCAACUAAAAAACCGAAAAAGAAGAGAAAUCCUAAUAAAAGUUUAAAUUUAACACAUACAAAUACUAAGCAUGGUACUGAAAUAUUUGAAAGAAUGUGUGAAGAAGUUAUUGAGUCAAAUAUGAAUAACUCUGAUACUAAGGCACUAGCAACUGCUUCACUGGAAAUUAAUUAUAGCUUAGAUAAUGAACAUCUUGCAACUAAAGAAUCUGAAAAGAGGAAAAAGCACGAUAAAAUAGCUAACAAUCUUAAUAUGCCUAUGAUCUCCCAAAACCAGAGUAGACUAAAGACUCUGCUAAAUUCCAUGGAAUUAAAUAAUUUUGAGGAAUCGUCAACUAAUAAUACCAACUUAAAUUUGAAACAUUUUAAUUUAAUAAAGUAUCUAACAAAUGGCGACCCUUCACUAAAAAAUCAUCCUAAUUUCAAACUAAUUAAUGAACAAUUGUCAAAUAAAAUCAACCUAACCAUAAAUAAAAAAUGUGAAAUAAAAGCAUCAGAUAUUUUAUUAUUAAAAGCAAUUGGAAAAAUUAUUUUGAAAAAAAUUGUUGAAAAAAUUGAUUCUGCACAGGAUAUGAAAGAUUUAGUUAUUAAAUUACCACCUGAAUGUAUGAAAAAUAAAAUUCAUUUUAUUGAGACUACUUUAAGUAGAUUACCAAAUAAAAGCAAAAUGGAUAUUAUAAAGAAGCACAAUCCUCUGAUCAAACUAAGAGUAUUUAAUAAAGAUGAAGAUAAUAUGAUUCGAGAAUAUUGGUCAAAAUUUCAAAAGGAAUACAAUAUUUCAAAUAUUCUACCAUUCUUAUCUAAUGGUUUGGAAAUGGCUUUGAGUCCUACAGAAAGAUUACAAUUUAUUCGUUAUAUAUCUGCUGGACUUCCUAACCGAUUAUUAUAUUCCGUUUUUAAUAGAUUCAAUAUUUUGUUUAAUGAAUACCAAGACAAAACAUGUUUUAGUGAAGAAGAAGACCAAUUAAUUAUAAAAGUAGACCAAUGUGAUGCAAUAAAAAACAAAUUUUCUGUAUUAAGUUUAAUUCUAAACCGAACUAGAUUACAACUUUACAGAAGACAUGAAGUUUUAAAAAAUCAACAUAUAAAACGUGAAAAAUUUAUGUGGGACGAUCAAAAGCGGCAAGAACUAUUAACAAAUAUUCUAUUAGAAACAAAUACAGAACAUUGGACACAAUUGAAAAAUCUAACAAUAACAAAGGAUAUAUUGAUUAAAGUUGCAAAAAACCUCGGAAAAAAUAUUACUUAUGAUAAAGUUAGACAUCAAUGGAACUAUUUAUAUACCAUGUUAUUUUGUGAAGAACCUAUUUUAAUGUCAACGUUCAACUUAACUGUGUUAAAAUUAUUAGAACAGAUAAAUCCUAAGCACUGGUCGGAUUUGAAUUGGAUAGAAAUAACCAAUAAAUUGUAUCCAGGUGCAAAAAGUAAAGUUAUUUGUAAGUUUUUCCAUGAUUGGAUUGAUAAUAAUGUCCCAGCAGACAUAAAAAAAAACGUUAGAGAUACUUUGCAUUAUUUAAAAAAGCACCAAGUGGAUAAAUUAAUAACAAGAAUUAAUAAACAUGGUGAAAGAGAAUUUCCUAGGUAUAAAGUUGAAGAUUAUGAUUUAUUAGUUAAAAUAAAUGAUUAA